GUGUGAGUCAGUAGUGUGAGCGGAGGACACGCGCAGCAGCAGGAGCAGCAGCAGCAGCAGUGAGUCGGUUCAGCGUUCAUGGAAUAAUAAUUGAGAAACUUCAGUCACUCCAGCAGCUGAUGAGCAAGAAAGGCCACAGAACAGCUAGAGAGAGAGAGAGAGAGAGAGAGAGAGAGAGAGAGAGAGAGAUCGUAAGUCAGAAAGUCCUGCAGGACCAGUGGAGUAAAGGAUUGCACAGAGGAGGAUAACAGAACAGCAGCAGAAAAACAGCGGGACUAUCAGAACACUGCAGUGAGGAAUAUGGGAAUAUGAGGGGUUACUACUGUUCAUCCUAAGGACUUCAACAACAACAGCUGAUCAGAAUGGGGAACACAGACAGUCAGUACAGCAGCUUCAUCAUCCCCAGCAAGUCCCGACCCUGCUCUCUAAAGAUAAAUCCCUCCAAAGAGGAAGCCCUGUCCCCCCACAGCUGGUGGAGGAGCGCAGGAGGAGGAGGGGGAGGAGAAGGAGGAGGAGGAGCGUCUAACUACAAGUCCUGCGGCUCAUUCAGAAACAGCUCAAACCAGCACAAAAAUGGCCAGCCAUACGCCUCACGCCACUGUGAAUACAUCAAAAGCAACAACAACAACAAGCAACAGCAGCACUGUUCCACACAAAACAACAGCAAGCUGGACUAUGGGUGUCUCCUGGCUCAGCAGAACGGCUGCUAUGUUCAGGGCAGUAGCCCCCGACCCUCAGCCAAAAGCUCUGGCUCUGAAGAUCUUCACAGCAGAGGAAGUCCCAAGGUGCUUUUCAGGCAGGACGGGAGUUUGAGGGUUGAGUUUACCAACAGCAGGCCAGAGCUGGAUGAUGUCCCUAAGGACUCUACUCUGAGAGACAGUAAAGGCAGCUCCCUCAGCUCUGAGGCGUCCUGGUACGAUUCUCCAUGGGGUACAGGGACAGAUCUCUGUGAUAACGUCUUUACCACUGGUCAGCCUUCGGACAACAGUAGCGGCUACACCACUCUGUCCUCUACACGGACUGAUGACUUCAGCUCCUGCCCCACAGUCCAGCUGGACGGACACGUGACUGAACUACUCCAGCCCUAUCACCAGGCCAGGAUCAACAGCAGCCAGUACAGCAGCAACGGCUACGUCAGCAGUUAUUCCGGACGCACUGAGGAGGACAGCGGCAUCGGAGACUCUGUCCUGCUCUCUAUAGAGCCCAAAGACUUUGGAUUGACCUCUUUCACUGAACUCUACACUAACCCCAACCUAACCGGCCCAUUUCCCACCACUGGAAUACUGCCAACAAGUCAUGUGCAGGACAUGCCUGACCUCCAAGAAGAGGCUCUUGAAACCCAAGCUUUUACCUCCCUCACACUCCCUUGCAGAAAACCUGUCAGUGACACCAACAGCAGGAAAGACUCGCUGAAGAGCCGCAUCCGCCGCCUCAGUGACUGGACGGGCAGUCUAAGCAGGAAGAAACGGAGGCUGCAGGAGCCGAGCACUCUGGAAGUCUUCGAGCCGCUUAGCAAUGGAGUGGACGGCCUGCUUGGUGACUCCAGCCUUCAGCUGGGUGGCGGCCCGUACUGGAAUGGCCUUGUGUCCAGCCAGACGCAGUCGGCCUGCUCUCUAACUGACCCUGUGCAGCAGAGCCAGAGACAGAACGUGUAUGAGAACUUUAAGCAGGAGCUGGAACCGGGUGGAGGCUGCAGCAGUGCUCUGUCGGAUGCUCUUCAGGCGUGGGAAGGUGAUGGGGAGCAGGGCGAGAGCAGCAGUGGUUCUCUGGGUUCUCUGGAGCAGAUGGAGCUACUGUUUGAGAAGGAGCAGGGGGUGGUGCGCAGGGCCGGCUGGCUGGCCUUUAAACCGCUCAUCAGCCUGCAUAAGGAGCGCAAACUGGAGCUGCUGACUCGCCGAAGGUGGAGGCAGUACUGGGUCACACUUAAAGGCUGUACGCUGCUGCUGAGUGAGGCUAAUGGUAAAGGAUGUCCAGAGCAGGAAGCCGCCCCACGUUACGCCCUGCAGGCUGAGGACAGUAUAGUACAGGCUGUCCCGGAACACCCCAAGAAAGAGCAUGUCUUCUGUUUGAGCAAUGCUUAUGGAGACGUCUACCUGUUCCAGGCUGCUAAUCAAACGGACCUCGAGAACUGGGUGACGGCUAUCCACUCAGCCAGCGCCUCACACCUGGCCAAACGUCAGGGCAAAGAGGAUACAGUGCGGCUGCUGAGGAACCAGAGCAAAACCCUGCUGCAGAAAAUCGACAUGGACAGUAAGAUGAAGAAGAUGGCUGAGCUGCAGCUGACGGUCAUUAGUGACCAGAAGAACAGGAAGGCUGUAGAGAGCCAGAUCCAGCAGUGGGAGCAGAACCUGGAGAAGUUUAAUAUGGAGCUAUUCCGCAUGCGCUGUUAUCUAGCCAGUCUGCAGGGCAGUGAGCCUCCCAACCCAAAGAACCUGCUGGCUGCUGCUGGACGCCCGUCAAAGACAGCGCUCAGCCGCUUGGGAAUUUUCUCUGUGUCAUCUUUCCACGCCCUGAUGUGCACUCGUGACGAGGCCACUCUGAAAAGGCGUUCCCGUUCUCUGUGUCGUGGCGUUCGGAGCAAACGGGGAAUUUUCUCCUCUCAGAAAGGCCAAGACAGCCUGACCAGACGGAACCAUGAAAAGAGACAGUCUCUAUCACAGAUAUUCGAGGGACAACCCCCUGGAACUCUGUGCCACCCAACAAUACAGAGCAGCUCUGAGCAGAGACUGGACGGUUUAUCCAAACUGCACUCUACAGCUCCUCCUGAAGGCCACUCCUGGGACUGUCCUGUAGAAACCCUGGUGCUGGUGUCUAUGCCGGAUGGCCAUGUCCUCAGUGUUCCUGUUAAGCAGGAUUUCCUAGUGGCUGACCUGCUCUGCAUGGCCUGCAAGGCUAAGCAGCUGGAGCCGGUGCUGCACUGCUUGCGUGUGAAGAGGCGUUUGGGUCAGGAUGGGGAGUCCAGCAUUCCAGCUCCCACUGACCUCCUGAGAGAGCUGGUGUAUGAUGAACUUGAGGUUUGCCCGCUCAAUGUUCUCAUCCUAAACAUGUCACGUCCAAACACAUCCAUUGAUUUUGGGUUUGCUGUAACGGGGCACGUGGACGGCUCGAGGCGGAGUCACAUCUACGUUAGUGAGGUGCAAACUGAAGGCUUGGCGUUCACUGAGGGACUGAGGGCUGGAGAUGAGAUCUUGGCUGUGAACAGUGUGAGUGUAUCUACUCUGGACCUGGGCCUCAUACACACCUUCUUCAGCCAGAACACCCUGCAGCUGGUCCUGCGGAGAGAGGAGUGCGUAUCUGAUGAUCAGAGCAGUGCCUGGCCAGAGUGCGACCCUGCUGACCCCUACUGCCCUCCUCCACCACUCAGCCACAGCCAUCCACAGCUGGGCUCUUUAGAAGUGUCUCAGUUGCUGGAGGUUCGAGGAGAUUCGAUGGUGUCUGUUUCAGAGGAGGCACAGGAUAAGACUGCAGAGCGCUGCAGAAAGAGUGUGGAGCCUGCAUGUCCACUGUUCCAGCCUUUCCCAGAAGAUCCAGGCCUCACUGUGGACGGCUACAGAAACCCUUACUCCACUGAAAGUGCUCCAGCCAGAGCCAGCCCACGCCACAUGUCCGUCACAGAAAGACUGCACAAGGUCAUUCAGGAGCUGGUGGACACAGAGAAGUCAUAUGUAAAGGAUCUGGGCUGUCUGUUUGAGAUCUAUUUGAAGCCUUUAGAGAGACAGACGUUCCUCAGCCAUGGAGAGAUGGAGUCUCUGUUCGGCAGUCUCCCAGAGAUGCUGGACUUUCAGAGGAUAUUCCUUCAGACCCUGGAAGAGAGAACCACCUCAUCUCCAGACUUCAGGACACUGGAGACACCUGAGCAGCUCAAGAAGUUACUGUUCUCUUUGGGUGGAUCCUUUCUGUACUAUGCUGACCACUUCAAGCUGUACAGCGGCUUCUGCGCCAACCAUAUCAAAGUCCAGAAAGUUUUAGAACGAGCGAAGACAGACCGGGCAUUCAAAGAGUUCCUGGAGGCGAGGAACCCCACCAAACAGCACUCGUCCACUCUCGAGUCCUACCUCAUCAAACCUGUGCAGAGAGUGCUGAAGUACCCUCUGCUGCUGAGAGAGCUGGUGUCCCUGACUGACCCCGAGAGUGAGGAGCACAGCCACCUCACAGAGGCUUUGAGGGCAAUGGAGAAGGUGGCCAGUCACAUCAAUGAGAUGCAGAAGAUCUAUGAGGAUUACGGCACUGUGUUUGACCAGCUGGUGGCAGAGCAGAGCAGUACAGAGAGAGAGGUGACGGAGAUCUCAAUGGGAGAAUUCAUCAUUCAUAGCUCUGCACUGUGGCUGAACCCCAUGCCCUCACUGGGUCGAAUGAGGAAAGACCCCCAGCUCACUCUGUUCAUCUUCAAGAGGGCAGUUAUUUUGGUGUAUCGUGAGAGCAAGCUGAAAAAGAGGAUGACAAGCUCCCGCUCUGCAGAUCUGGACCCUUUUAAAUUCCGCUGGCUGAUUCCCGCCUCAUCUGUGCAGGUUCGCCCUGGAAACUCAGCAGGAUCUGAGGACCCCUGUCUGUGGGAAUUAAUUCACACGAAGUCAGAAGUGGAGGGAAGACCAGAAACUGUUUUCCAGCUCUGCAGCAGUAAUUUGGAGAACAAGGCCAACGCAGUAAAGGCCCUCCGCUCCAUCCUGAGAGAAAAUGCUAAAAGGAACGUUCCAGCUGAGCGUGGAUCCAGAGACAACCUAACGUUUCCCCGGGGGAGCCACCCAGCAGCAGUCAGAAGCAGCUCCUGGCUCCAGAGACUCCAGCCGCAGUCAGAUGCACUUAAACGCAGUCCACUAGACACAGACGAGGGCAGACUGCUAGGUAUAGACACUCAGUCAGAGCCCGCCUGCGCUCCCAGAACUGACAGAACUGACACCUCUCACAGUAAGAGAGCUCGACUCUGCUCCCUCACCAGCUCACUGGAGGCCCAGCUCCAGAGACUGAGCUUCAUGGACCCGCAGGAGACCAGACUCAGAACCUCCGGCAGCCUGCAGGCCAGUCAGCUCACCCUGCUGCAGGACACGUCUGCACUGGACCUCAACAACCUGCUGACUCGAGACUGCAGCGUACAGAACCUGAACUCUGUCCCUAAUGAAGACUGCUUCUACGACACGGUCAUGGGCAUCCAGAAAGCUGUAAUCCCCACACUGUAGAGUUAGCAGGGGUCUUCAUUUCUGCACUUCUGGUCCUGGAGGGUCUUAGUCCAGCAGUUUUAUGGUGUUCUUAUGUGCUCAAAGAGUUAGAUGUGAUUCAAGCCAAUAGUUAGUUAGGCUGCAGCCAGUGGGUUAAGUAUGAUGUUUUGGGUCCUCAAUAUAACAGAACCUCCGAAGUCAUAAGUGUAUAAAAGCAUUGAGGGAUGUAUGGGCUUCAGUCCAGAACUUUUAUUGGGAUUGGUCACAUUGGACCCAGAGUAUGAUGGCACCUUUAACAUUGCUAAUAGCUAUGCCACUGGUUGUAGCCUGCAGUUAUUUAGUUAAUAUAAUAAUAAUAAUAAUUAUAAUAAUAAUAAUUUUAAAUAAUAAUCUUUGUAAAAAAUUCAAAAGAAGGACAUUUUGUUUAUUUAAUUGUAUUUAUUUUACUGUAUUUAUUGUUAAACCUUCAGAAAUAUUUUAAUUUUCAUAACAUCCUUUUAAAUUAGCAAAACAAAAAAGAUUUACUAGAUGGAAACAUAUCUAAUAUUGAUCAUGCAAAAAUUGUAAUUCAUAAAAGUUUUGUAACUAUAUGAAGUGAUCAAUCGUUUUAUUUACAAAUUUUAACAAAGAUGUUUUCUACAUUUUUCCACACAAAUAUGUGUUUCAUAAAUAAGGCCCAAUCCAUAAUUGCCCUAAAAAUUGUGUGCGAUAUGAUUUUCACGAUAACGAUACUCUUGGCGAUAUGACUAAAUUAAAACACUGAAAAAUGAUUUUAAGACUACACUGAUUCAGAAUGUCAUGCUACUAAUAAUGCACUCCAAAUAUCUCCAUAUAUCCAGUAUUAAAGUACAAAAAAUGAUACUGGACAGAUAUAAUCUGUCUCUAGUAGAUAUAUAAUGAGAAAUGAGAACAGAGUGAAUUUUUCUUUUGCUAAAAACAGCAAAAAUGUAGUUCCCUGAUGUGAUAUUUAGGGCUGGGUGAUAUGGCACAAUAUUUCAGGGUAUAAUAUCGUUCACGAUAUUUAAAAAUGUUGCUGUAAAAUAUUAUUGUGUACGAUACAAUAUGGCACAUCCAGACCCUGUAACAUUCAUAUAAUACACAUAGAAAUUUUGACAAACUGCAAUACACUACAGGAAGUGUAGGGGGCGAUAUGACAGCACAACUUCAGUCCUCCAGGACCAGAACGUCAAGCAGAAUACGCACAGCUUGCUUUAGCACAUGCUACAUUAGCCAGUUGGCUUUUGGCACAGAUUGUGCAUAAACCUUUAAACACUACAGAAAGACCAGCUGUGGUGUGUGUUGGUCGAUAUCUCACUGCCUUCUGAGGAUUCUGAGCAGUAAAAACACAGGUUGCCUUCAUUCGCUUUCUGGAUACACACACUACGAGUGUGCAAGCCAAGAAAACAGUGUCCUUAUAUUUAUAUACAGCUUCCUGACAAAAGCUUUUCUUAGUCCAGUACUGGAACAGCUUGAUUUUGUAGUGUUUUUUGUAAUGAACAAAACAUUUGAGCUUAUUUCUAAAUUAUAAAUGUUCAUCUCUAUUAUGUAAUGUGAUGUGUGCAGUUUUUUUAUAGUUGUUGUUUUUUCAGCGUUCACGUGAUUUUUGUGAUGGAUGUAGCAUGACUCGUUCCUUAAGUUGAACAGCUUGGAAUACAUUUCUUUAUUGUUUACUGUAAUUUACUGUAUUUAAAGUACCUCCUAAACUCUAUUGUCUUUUGUAGUGUUUGGUAAUUUAUUUGUAAAAAACAUGCUAUAUUCACUACCUGACCAGCUCUUGACUUUAAAGAUAAUAAGCUUAUAUUGUAAUAUUUAAUAAAAUCUCUCUUCUACUCUUCCA